AUGAAGGACGUUAAGCAGCGGCAUGCUUCCCUUUUCCUGGAAGUUAGUUGCCAAGAUGAGACACCGCGUCUCCCCCUGCACUCGUCCAUCGUCGUAUUCCUCCUGUCCUACUGUGAGUGCAAGUCUUUCAAAGUCCACCUGGUCUCCGGCAAACCCGACAGCUCUCAGGCCCUCCAGGGUCAGCUGCCAGAGUUCCUGGACGUGCGGGUCGUCCGGGCGGAGGGUCUUCCACCGCUGGUGCGAGACUGCCGUCUACCGGUCGUGCUGGACGAGACCGGCAGGAUGUGCAGGGCCGGACUGGCUGUGGUCCUGAGGCACAUCAUCAACAAGAGCGUCGAGGCUGAGCCCUCCAGGAACGAUGUGCUGGCACUGCUGGGCUUCAAGAAGACCUGUCUCAAAGCCUGUGCUGAGGUAAGCAAGUGGACCAGACUGUGUGAAAUCGGCAUCCCGUCUGCCGUCGAAGAGCACCUCAGAAAUCCCAGCAGCCAACAGCCUCAGCCGCCACCCCCCGCCAUCCUCACCCUGGAGCGAAGGCUAGCUGAGCCCGUCAAAGUUCACAACGACGACAAAAUCCGCAGACAGAAGCUCAAGCACCUGAGACAAAACGGGAAUCAUGACUCAUCCAAGGGGAGCGGGGAUUCCCACCUGGGCGAUGGACUCGAGCUCAAGACCGCUCUGGCUAAGCUCUCAGUAGCCGCAGCUCCAAAUCCAACCACCAGGGAGCGCUCUGAGAUCAGAAAAGUAAAAACCAACGACCUGCCUGUGCUGGAGCACGUUUUUGCUGAGGGGCUUUACUUCACUCUGACUGAUGUGGUCCUACUGCCAUGCAUCCAUCAGUACCUGUCUUCCAUCCGUUCCCAUGCUGCCAGCACUCUGCACUGCCUGCCUCACCUGCUGCGCUGGUACAGCCGUGUCCAGGAGGUACCUGGGGUCCUUCGGGCUGCCAAAGCUUGCAGGACCACUCUUACUGUCCCUGAAAAGCCGCCUCCCCUCCCAGCUGGGCCGCCGGUCGAAGGCAACCCGGCGAGUCAACUGGAGCAGGAAGACGAGACGACCGCACAGCUGCCUUUUGUUGGCGGCCCCCGGCCCACCGUAACAAAACUUAAAGAAAAUGGCAUUGAGGCGGCUUUUGCUCCUCAUCCUUGCCCAGAGUGGACGCUCCCAUGGGACAACUUACCAGAUGCCAUCAACCCCACUGAAGGGAAAAUGUCAAGCAUCCGCACAGUUAGGAAGAAGCAGCAGCUGAAUAACCUGGUUGCUAUGGUGACACAGCUAGCCAAACCAGGAUACACUGUUGUGGAUUUUUGCAGUGGAACGGGCCAUGUGGGCAUCGUUCUGGCUCACGCCCUCCCACGGUGUAAGGUCAUCCUCAUAGAAAACAAGGAAGAAUCUCUGAUCAGGGCGCACAGUCGCAGUGCCGAGCUCGGUCUUGAAAACAUUGGUUUCAUUCAGACCAACUUGGACUAUUUCACUGGACCUUUUCAAAUAGGGGUCGCGCUCCACGCAUGCGGCGUGGCAACAGACAUGGUGAUGGAGCACUGCAUUCAGGCAGGUGCUGCCUUCGUCGUCAGCCCCUGUUGCUAUGGCUUCAUCCAGAACGCCGUCAAGUUCACCUUCCCGAGGAGCAAAAAGUUCCAGGAGACACUGAUUUACAAGGAACACAUGGUGCUGUGCCGCUUCGCGGACCAAACUGCUCCCCAGCUUCCUCCUGAGAGGCGACUCAUAGGGAAGCAGUGCAUGGGGCUAGUAGACUUGGACAGGUCGUGGAGCGCGGAGUCACAUGGCUACCGGGUGCAGGUGAUGACCAUGGAGCCAGAGACAUGCUCGCCUAAGAACAACAUGCUGGUAGGAAGGCCCGGCGUGGAAGAUGGCCCUCGCUAAGAGUGUGAGAGUGACAGAUGGGAACUUGAUUUGCUUUUGAUGUUAAAGUCGGCCGACACGGUCGUCGUAUUUGGAUCAAUAAAUAUGGAGGCGUGUUUUUAAUGUC